CACAACUGCCGUUAUGGCUGAUAGUGUUACUGUGGAGUAAUUUAUUCACUUUCGAUUUUGUCUGAAAACAGUUAAAUCAGUUAUGCAUUAUUCGUAAAAAUUGUUUUCUUAAGAAAAUAAAUAUGACAGAUCUUUUUAAGUCCGCUCUUGUAUAUUUUUCUAAUAGUAGCAGCACGCAAAAAGAAGAUCACGAAUUUGUUGGUCAAAUAGUUGAGUUGGGAACUCAGAAAUUGCGAGUAAAAAGAGUCAUUGCAGAAGGUGGGUUUGGAUUUGUAUUUGUGGCCCAGGACCCCACAACUGGAAAAGAAUAUGCUCUUAAGAGACUUCUGGCAGCUGAUGAAGAAGCAAGCAGAAGUAUUUUACAAGAGAUAUCUGUACUUAAAAAGCUGUCAGGCCAUUCAAACAUCAUACAGUUUAUGGCAGCAGCUGCUAUUGACAAGAAUCAGUCUGACCAUGGGAAAUCUGAGUAUCUGCUACUUACAGAACUGUGUACAGGAGGACCUCUAAUAGAUGUUUUGAAAGCAAAACAAGGUCCUUUGACAUGUCGACAAGUUGUGCAGAUAUUUUAUCAGACGUGUCGAGCUGUACAGCACAUGCAUGAACAACAGCCUCCAAUCAUUCAUAGAGACCUCAAGAUAGAAAAUUUAUUAUUGAGUAGCCGUGGUACCUUAAAACUCUGUGAUUUUGGAUCUGCUACAACAAAGACGUACCAUCCUAAUAGUUCAUGGACUGCCAUACAACGCAACCUUGUAGAAGAUGAGAUGACCAAGCAUACGACUCCAAUGUACAGACCACCAGAAAUCCUUGAUACAUAUAAUAAUUAUCCAAUUAAUCAAGCUAUGGAUAUUUGGGCCUUGGGAUGUGUGCUGUUUUUACUAGCCUUUCGAGUACAUCCAUUUGAAGACUCUGCAAAAUUGCGUAUUAUCAAUGGCAAAUACACCAUUCCAGAAAAUGACACUGAAUAUGAAAUCCUUCAUGAUCAAAUACGUGGAAUGUUGCAGAUCAAUCCAGUAGAUAGACCUACUAUAGAGUUUGUGAUAGAACAGUUACUAGAAAUAGCAGAAACCAGAAAGAUAAACCUUCAAGAGGCAUUAAGACUAGGACAACCUAUGGGAGAGAGCAACCCUGCUAGUCCAGCCCACAUUGGUCAGGCUAGAAAAUGUAGUGCUGAAUGUAACAAUACACCAACUCCUCCACCUCAUACUAACCAAAGUCAAAGUUACUCCCAGAAUUCUACCCAGGCAGCUGCAGGCAGUGGGCUUUUUACAUCUAUACGAGGAGGUGCUGGAAGUCUAUUUAAAAACAUUAGGGACACUUCUACACGUGUAAUCCAAACUGUUCAACAAACCAUUACAAAGACAGAUUUGGAUUUCAGUUACAUUACUACAAGAAUAGCAGUCAUGUCAUAUCCAGCUGAAGGAUUAGAGUCAACUUACCGAAACCACAUAGAAGAUGUUCGAGGAUUUCUCGAUGCAAGGCAUCGUAAUCAUUAUGCAGUUUACAAUGUGUCGGGUCGAGCAUAUACCUCAGUGAAAUUUGAAUCCAAAGUAACACAAGUGGGCUGGCAGGCUAGAAAAGCACCUCUUUUCACAGUAUUAGUUUCUUUGUGUAGAAAUAUGCUCUGGUGGCUUCAACAAAAUCCUAAAAACAUUUGUGUAGUCCAUUGUAUGGAUGGAAAAAUGUCCUCAGCUGUUCUUGUUUGUGCAUUCCUGGUAAUGUGUCGAGCGUUUCAAACACCAGAAGAGGCUCUGCAGUUGUUUGCUGUGCGAAGAUGUCCAGUCAAUCUUCUGCCAUCACACAAGAGGUACAUAGGUUAUGUAGCCCAGUUAGUUUCAUCGCAACCAUGGCUACCUCACAGAAAGAGGGUGAAGAUUAUUUCUGUUGAAAUGAAACCAGUUCCUCUAUUCACAAAACUAAGAGAUGGCUGUCGUCCUUUUGCUGAGGUUUAUGUAAGAGAAGAAAGGUUAAUAACUACUUCACAAGAAUAUGAAAGAAUCCAGCAUUUCAACAUGGCUGACCAGCAUGUUGUUAUACCUCUGCAUGUGUCAGUCAUGGGUGACACAACAGUGAUGAUCCAUCAUGCUAGGUCUACUCUUGGGGGCAAAGUUCAAGGAAAAGUUACAGCUAUCAAGAUUUUACAGUUACAGUUUUUCUCUGGUUUUAUUCAGCCUGGCACAGAAACACUAACAUUCCACAGAAAUGACUUGGAUGGUGUGGAAGAAUUAGAUCGUUAUCCUGAAGGAUUUACAGUAACACUGAAAGUUGAAGUUGAUAGCCAAGAACAAUCUCUUCAUUCCAAUAAACCCCUUGCUUGGGAGGGAUUGGAUAAGAUGAAUCUAUCACCAAAAAUUUUGUUCUUUACAGAGGAUGAAAUGGAGUCCUGUUUAACUCAGUUUACAAAUGUUGUGAACAAGCGUCAACCUUGUAAAGAGACCAAUGGUACAACUGCUGUUUUAUCAGAAGUUUUACCAUCUGUCAACUGGGAGAAGAAGCAUGAAGUAGUUUGGGAAGAAGAAAGUGACCAAACACCUACACCACCACCAAGUCAAGGGAGAGAGAAAACAUUAGAAGACUCAAAAAGACUGGCACCUGAAGAUGUUGAUCUUCUAAACCUUGGAACAAGCUCUUCUGCUGUAGAUGGAGAUUUUGAAAGAGGAACACAAAACAAUCAGAAUGGACCCUCUUUCAAUCUUUUGGACAUAUCAGCUGAUGGAAGCAAGCCUGAACUAACUAACUUUGACUUGUUAAACAAUCCGAAUGUUCCACUGAUCACAACAUUAAAUUCAGGUUCUGGAUUUCAUGAUCUUUUUGAUCCAUUUACAGAUGGAUCCACGAAAGUUCCAACACCAGCAACUAACCAAAACUCGGGACCUGAUCCUUUUGGUGUGUUCAAUGCAGGUAGUUUAACUUCUGUCCACAAGACUUCAGGAGAUACUUCUGCCGAUUUAUUUGAUCCAUUUGCUACCAGCGUUGAUGAUAUACGAAGCAGCAGUGCUGGAAACACACCUCAACGUAAACCCAGUAUUUCAUCUAGUGCAUCAGCAUGUAAUCUUCGGGCAUCUGAAGGUCAAGAUGCUUCCCUUAUGGGUGGCUGGGAUUCUGUUUUCACAUCUCCUAGCUCAGCAGUGCCCCCAGGUCAACAAUUUCCAAAUGUCACCAUUCCCCGUAAUGCUUCUACUCCCAAUCUGGAAGCAUUAAAAGAAACUUGUGAUCCUUUUGCUGAUCUUGGGAAUCUCGCAACUAAUCUUGGUAAAAAUUCACAACAAAACUUUGGCACUUGGCAGCAACGAACCACUUCAUCCAGCCUUUCCCCUGGCACUAGUCCUCAACACAUGCCACGCCCACAGUCAUAUGGAGGCACUGGACCCAGUGCAUUUCCACAGGCAUCAGGGAUGAACUCUCAUCAGCCUAAACCAAGUGCCACUGCAGGAUUGCAGAAAGGUGAUUACAGUCGCGGCAAUUUUGCUAGCAUCUUUGGAGAAAGGGAUGAAAGGGGGGCCAAAAAAGGUUUCGGUACAAAGCCUGUAGUUGAUCAAGAUGAGUUUGAGGACUUAUUAGGAUCACAAGGAUUUUCAGGAUUUGGCAGAAAAGAGGUUGGACCAAAAACAAUAGCUGAUAUGAGAAGAGAAAUUUUAACUAAAGAAAUGGAUCCUGAAAAACUAAAGGUUUUAGACUGGACACAAAGAAAAGAAAGGAACAUCCGAGCUCUCUUGUGUUCUCUUCACACGGUGUUAUGGGACAGUGCUCGUUGGCAAGAGGUUGGCAUGCACCAACUAGUGACAGCAGCAGAUGUGAAGAAGUUUUAUCGAAAAGCUUGUCUAGCAGUACAUCCUGAUAAAAAAGUAGGAACAGAGAAUGAAUCUCUUGCUAAACUCAUAUUCAUGGAGCUGAAUGAUGCAUGGAGUGAAUUUGAGAAGCAGCCACAACAGAACCUGGUCUAGUUGAGGUAGAACUGUACUGGUUUUCAGUAGUGGGGCCCAUAAUGUGGUGAAGGAUGCAGGUAACGCCUCACCAAAGAAGCGUACUUCUUGUAUACAUACAGUAUAUCUAUAGAUAUAUAUAUAUGUGGGUAAAUAGAAAAUUAUGUUACUGUGUAUAUAAUGGAGAAGUAAAGUACCAUAUCUCUGUGAUUUUACUUCCCAUGAAACUGGUGACUACCCUCAAUCUUAUGUCUUCAUUUCAAUUUUUGUUGUUGUUCUUUGUGACUUUGAAGAUUGUUACAUUCCUAAUUAAUGCCUUUUGACAGCUAUGGUAUGCAGAAAUGCAUGUGGCUAGUCUAGAAACAGAACAGAUCAGUCUAAUAUGGUUUUCUUCUCUGUGAGUACUACAGUUGUUAUUAGUAGGUAAAUGUCAAUAUCCAUUUCUUUGUGGCUUAACUUAGGUGUCUCUCUCAGAGAAAAACAGAUCAUAUGGUGUUUUGAAAUCUCAACAAUUUGUUUGUUGUUAUUAUUUAUUAUUAUUAAGAUGUAGUAAACUGUGUGUGUGUGUGUGCAUGUAUGAAAUCUACUAUACAAACCACAAGUAGAAUUUUCUAUAAAAGCUGGGAAACAUUUUUUAAGCUAUGUUUACUAUUUGACUCAAGGAUUGAAUAUAAGUAACCUUACAUAAGCUUAUUUAUUGGAACUUGAAGUAAUAAAAUUUUAUCAAACUCUUUGUUAAAGGUAGUGUUUAGAAAUACAAGUUCAGAUCUUUUUGUCACAUUGGAGGUACCAUGUAUUACAAAUGGCUUGUAUAGAAAGAUAAGUUAUUUCCCAGUUUGAACUUUGUGCUUAGACAGCCUAAUGUGUGUGUAUGUGUCAGUUUUGUAAGUGCUUGAAAGCGAUAUAGUGUAUAUGUUCAUAAUUGUUUGUAGAGGAAACAGUCUAUAAAUAUGUGAUUUAUAAACCUGUAAUUGAAAUAUAAGUGUGAUUUAAGAGAAUUGUAUUUCCUAAUAAAGCAAAUCAAGUUCAGAAGUAACAUUGUUACAGGGAAGGUUCGAACUAUUAUGUUUUGAGUUCCCAGUAAGUACAUGAAUGUUCAUGUCUAAAGUUGUUAGGCACUAAUUUUGUAUCUUUACACUGUUUUGAGAUGGAAAGAAAUGGCAGCAGAGUAUAACAACAAAGAAAUAUUUAAAAUAGUAGAUAGUUGUUUUGUUGGCCAUUCUUUAGUAUUUAUAGACUGAAAAAUCCCAUCAAAAAUUCAAAUGGAGUCCCAUUCUACUAUAUGUAAAGAACUAGGUAAAUUAGCAUAAGAUUUAAAAGUUAGUCUUUGUAUUUAUAGUUUAUUCAAAAGAUGUUGUUAAGAGUCAAUGGCAGAUCUAGGGUUCAGUCUUGGAAGGGGCCACCUAACUGGAGUAGGGGCACCAAAAGUGGAUGAAGAAACAAAAAAACAAAGAUUGGUUGCAUCAUUUGAGUCUCUAUGUAAUGUAUAUAAAAACAAGUGUGUAGACAUGACUUCAGAAUUCAAAAAAUAUGUUCCUCAUGUGCCCGAAGCCCCUUUAUUGGCAGUCUUGUAAGGCAUCCAUCCUUGAGCUUGUGUUUUUCCUGGAACCCAAGAUAUUUAUUUAGACUCAUAAAAUUCGUUGCUUAACAAAGUGAGCCAUGGGAAUAGUGCACCUGAUGAUGCAAUAACCAUGGGUGCAAUUUGAAUUUGAAUGAUUUUUCAUCCUGUGAAGGCCACAAGUAUAUUUGAAUCAAUGGAUGUGUAAUCCAGUUGUAAAGUGCACAUUUUAUAGCUCAUAGCAUACUAGAAGGUAAGCAUAUGAAUUGAAAACAAAGGUCGACUUAUGAACUUCAGCCAACAGAAAUUGACAGAUGAAAAAAAAAUUUCCAUACUUGUAUUCAGACACUUACAUGUAGCAAUUCAAGGAUCUUACCCCUCCCUUAUCUGCCAGUAGUGAGAGUAUAAGAAAGUUGUCUUACACAUUUGGUGUUUUUUUUGUCUGUUUGAAAAUGUUUUUCAAGGUGUGUUUCAUUGAUGUGGUUAAGAUGAAGAAGCCCAAAUAUUACAUUAAUAUUAGGUCAUUGUCACUUGUUUUCUAUAUCUGGAUUGCUAUUGGUUAGUUUUUCUCUGAAUUAAUUUUAUUUGUUCUUAAUAAGAAGAGACAUAGAAGAUAUUUUUGUUUCUUAAUAUAGAAAUGUAUGUCACUUGUAUGUUAUAAACAUAUUCUGCUUUCCUAGUGGUAUUAUGUUGUUUUCCAGUUGUAAUAUGUGUUGUUGUUUUUCCUUUUCAAGAUUAUUCAGAGUGUUUAUCAGCUACUCCCUAUGCUCAACAUCUGGAGUGCUCUGUUUUAGUGUGGGUAUGGAGCCAAUGUGACUUAGACUUUGUUUCAAACAUUUUUAAGGUGUGUUUCCUUAAAACUUUACAUUCCUAGUAGAGAUGUCAUCUUAAGCUUCUUUGUUUGAAUGUACUAGUUACACUUUCCACAACCUGCUUUUUUGUGUGUGAAUAUAUUUCAUUUAAAAAGAAUAAUCUUUUGUUCAGUUUUGCUUGUUUGACAUGAGAUAUAUCAAUAAGGUAUCAUAGGCACUGAACUGGAAUUAGAACUUGUUUUCAGAAAGUAAUCAAGUUUUUUUGGGUUUUUUAUAAUCAUUUGUCUAUUUACAUAUAUGCUGAUUAGACACAAGCUGUUCCUUUUUAAAAUUUUGAGAAAAUUAUAUUUAACCAUAGGAACAAAUAACAUUGUCAAAUAUAUCUAUCUGAUCCAGAGUUUAAUCCACCCAUAUCCCAACCAUAUGAAAACUGUAGAAUUUUGAAAGGUUUCAUUCUUUUUUUUUUUAAUAUUUUCCAAGUCUACCAAGAAUUAUUCCAGUAGAAAUAUGCUGUUCUUUACAUGAAACAGCAUUUCAUAAAUUUUAAUGUAGUGUACAUCGUAAAAAUAUUAAAACAUUAUUUACUAAAGGCAACAGUUGUUUGGCAUAGAAAUUCAAAAUAGUCAUGUAGUAAUAUGGUGAACAAAUGAACAGCUAUGAAUGAAUAUAGUGAAUGUCUUAAAAAAUAUUUUCCAAGGAUGCUUAUUCAGUAUUUUUAGAACAAUUGUUUUCAAAAAGAUGAAAUUUUAAUUGUGGAGUAAAUUUAUUUUAAUGAGAAAAACAAAAAUUUUGAAAUUAAUGUUUUUUAGAUAUUCAAUUCUGAAUAUGCAAAACUAUUGCCUUCUAACAUACACACUUUCACCAAAAUGUAUUGUUGUUGAAAUCAAAAAAGUUUACACUCCCCCAGUAAGAGUAUUUUUAUCUGCACAAACCUAUAUCACAAAUUCAAAAUUUCAACCAUUAAUUUAAUAUCUAUAUAAUGUAUCAUUACUUAAAAUAUCCAAAUAUAACAAUAAUACUUGAUGUGAACACGAAAAAAAAAAAGAUUUCCCUAUAGUCUGUUUUCAUUAUAUGGCAUUAGAGAAUUAUAUAAAGGUUCCUGUCAAUCUUAAACUUCCUAAUAGAAUAACAGACACUGAAGAUUUAAUGUACAAAUACAGAUGCACUUGUAUAUAUAAUUUUUUUUAAUGAGUUAUUUGUUAGUAGAUCAAGUGCCAAAAUUAUUUCUUUCCUUUGUUGCUCUAAUAGUAAAGUCAUUUUUAGUACUUCUUUAUAAAGCUAACUUAUUUCUGGUUUUGAUUUAACCAGUUCAACAGCAUUUCCUUGUAGGUAAUUAAUAAAACAACUUUCUUUGGCUUAACUUCUGAAAUAAUUGCCAAACUUUUGCAUUUACUUGUAAUAUUUUUUUAUUAAUAGAAUGAGUGUUCUUUACCAUUAUUUUUAAUGUACCAUGCACGUGUUGCUGCUAUGGGAAAUGGACAUUCCAUUUUGUUCAAAGAUUAUUUUUGCAAUAUCUUUGAACUAUUUUGUAGGAUUUUAUGUUGGUGCAAAAAAUAACAUCAAGUUGGCCAAGUGUUGACUUACGUUACAUUUAAUUUAUAUUUCUUGUUUUUUAGCAUUAGAGGCUUUUUGUGUUGUAAAUAUGUUGAUAUAUUAUUAGUUAGAGUGAUUUUGACUUGAAAAUAAGAAAUAUAUUACCUCAAAUAAUCAGGAAGAUAAAUCUCAUUCCCUGUUUUCCGUCGAUGUUUCCCAUUCUGUUUCUACACCUCAUUACUGUGAAGUAUAGAAAGACUUCUUGUUAUGGAGAUUUGAGUAUUUUGGUGUUUAAUUGCUAGUGAAAAUCCCCCAACAUGAUAAUUAAAAAGCAACAACCCUAAAGUUUUUUGCAAAUAGAUUAUGUGAUUGUAAGUUGUACCAUUUGAAUUUAACAAGUUAUUUUCCUUGUUAGUAAAGAAGUCAAAUAUUUUUUAAGCCAUUGUUUCAGUGAGAAUCUUCAGACAGGUAGAUGCAGGAGUUACUACAAGGGAAUACCUACAUAGUAGAGUUCCUUGUUGACUAUGUAAUCCAUACUGGUGGUUUUGAAUUGGAAUGGAACUAGUAUGGAAAAGUUAAACAUUUUUAACACACUUGCUUUCCUGCACAGUUACAUAUUCCACAAUCAUACAACCAGUAAUGACUGUGUAGCUGUUGGUAAAGCUGGAUGGAGAGAUUUGUUUGUUAAUGUUCAGUACUAGCAGGAUUUUUUGCUCCCAUCCAUGUUAAAGGUAUCUAGGCUAUGAUUGGAGUACAUACAUUUAUUACAAUGUUCUUGAUGAUGUUUGUGGAUCAGUUGUACAGUUCGUAUAAAAUGUUAUUGUUCUUCAUAAUUUGUGUUACAAUUAAGUGGACAAAGUGGGGGAGAGAAUAUUUAUAUGUUUUAAGUGUUGUAAAAGUGUAAAACUGAAUAUUUGAAGUUUAUGUAACAAUCAUGACAUACUUCAAUAAAGUUCUAGUUUCAUUAGUCACACCGUAAAUUACAAUCAAAAAUGUUUGAACGUUGGAUUUACUUUUCAGGUCAUUUUCACUAUACCUAUUUCUCAACCAUUUUAUCUUGCAUAUUUGUCUGCUCUGUUUACUAGCAUUAUAUAUGAACCAGGUAUCUUAUUAUUUUGAAAAAUGUAUUGUCACUUUUGGUGUGGCUAUAUAAAUGUUGUGAGCAAUAAUUUUUCUGGAUACUGUCCAGUUGAAAUGGUCAAGUAUUUGUGACUGUGUUUAGAAGUAUCAAGCUUCCCUGUAAAUUAGGUGAGCCAGUGGGCAGUUUAAAAACCACUCCAGCCAUUCCAGAAUUAGUUAUUCACAUUGUGUGAACUUUUGAAUGGAAUUUCCAAAUAUUGUAAGCUAGACUUGUUAAUUAAAAUGUUUUUCUUCACAA